UGGACUAUCCAUACUUGAAGCCUACUCUCGAACAAACUCCACACUCAAAAUGACUGGUUUAACUAACUAAAACGCCCCUCCACUUCCCUCUUAUUUACAACCAUGCCAUCGCGUCCUCCACCAUCUUCCCCACGCAUCCACCACGUCCACCACCGCCACCUCCUCCUCCCUCUGCUGACCGUAACCCUAACCCUAGCCUUUAUCUCCCUACUCACCUUCCUCAUCUUCCUCUACCGCAAGCUCUCCUACAACCGCACGACCCCGUUCGACCACCACAAUAGCAGCGCCACCGCCACACCCACCGCCACUCCCACCACCGCCACCAACACCAAGAAGAAUAACAACAACCGGUUCUCUUACUCUGCUAUCCGGCGAGCCACCGGUUCGUUCUCGGCGUCGAACCGUCUCGGCCAUGGCGGGUUUGGGUCGGUCUACAAAGCCACACUCCCCUCCGGCCAAUCCCUGGCCGUGAAGCUCAUGGACUCCACUGGCUCUCUGCAAGGCGAACGGGAGUUCCACAAUGAACUCUCCAUAGCUUUGAACCUCACCAAUCCUCACAUACUCUCUCUCCACGGCUUCUCCACCGACCGACGCGGACGGAAGCUCUUGUUGGUGUACGAGCUCAUGCCGAAUAGGAGCCUGCAGGAGGCUCUAUUAGAUCGCAAGUGUCCGGAGCUUAUGGUUUGGAAGAAGAGGUUCAGUGUAGUGCUCGAUGUGGCUCGUGGGCUCGAAUAUUUGCACCAUGUUUGUGAUCCGCCGGUUAUUCACGGGGAUGUGAAGCCCAGUAAUGUGUUGCUGGACUCGGAUUUCAACGCCAAGAUUGGGGAUUUUGGGUUGGCGAGGUUAAAGACGGAGACUGAAGAUCAGGGUGAGCUUGGUGGAGUUGUGAUGGUGGAGGAAGAGGGGGAGGAGGAGGAGGAGAAAGAGAUUGGGGGGAAGGAGAAGAGAGACGGGGACGAUAAUGGGUCGAUUUUGGAAGAGGAGAGUGUCAGUGUUAGUGUGAGUUUGAGUGUUGUGACAACUGGGCUUGAAGAUGGUCGAUCCCCGGAGUGUUAUGCGGUGAGGAUUGGGGAAUCGGAGCCGGCGGUCGCCUCGCCGGAAGGCGGUUUUGAUAAGGUGAGUGUUGAGAGUGAGAGGGAUUUGGGUUUUGGGAAGAGGGUUAGGGGAAGUUCAGGCAGGGACUGGUGGUGGAAACAGGACAAUGGAAGUGGAUUCGGGUCUGAAUCUGGGAGAGUCAAGGACUAUGUGAUGGAGUGGAUUGGGAAUGAGAUUAAGAAGGAGAGGCCUAAAAGUGAGUGGAUUGCGUCUCCUAGCUCGAAUGGUGUCAAUGCCGAGCCGAAGAAGAAGAAGAAGGGAUUGGACUGGUGGGCGUCAUUGGAUGAAGAGAGUGGUAAGAAGAAGAAGGAUAAGAAUCGGAAGCCGAGGGAGUGGUGGAAGGAGGAGUUUUGUGAGGAGCUCACAAAGAAAAAGAAGAAGAAGAGGGGUCUCGAUUCCGCUAGUGGUGGUGGAGAGUUGUGGUGGCAAAUGGAAGAGGAUUUGGGGCAAGAGAGGAAGAAGAGGAAGAGCAAAAACAAGAGCAGUAGAGGGAGUAUUGAUUGGUGGUUGGAUGGAUUGGGUGGUGAUAUUAGAAGUGGGAGGAGGAAUAGCCAAGAUUGGGGUAGUACUUGUGGUGGUGAUGUUCCAAAGAGUGGUGGUAUUAGUAGCACACCAAGCAUGAGAGGCACAGUUUGUUAUGUUGCCCCUGAAUAUGGUGGCGGUGGGCAGCUCUCUGAGAAAUGUGAUGUCUAUAGCUUUGGGGUAUUGGUUUUGGUCUUGAUUUCAGGUCGGAGGCCUCUUCAAGUCACGGCCUCCCCCAUGUCAGAAUUCGAAAGGGCCAAUCUAAUUUCAUGGGCUAGGCAGCUUGCUCGAAAUGGGAAGCUUUUGGAUCUUGUCGACCAGUCUAUACAUUCUUUAGAUAAGGAAGAGGCAUUGCUUUGUAUCACAAUUGCAUUGCUAUGUCUGCAGAGAACACCGGGCAAGCGGCCAACGAUGAAGGAGAUUGUGGGGAUGCUUUUGGGUGAAGCAGAGCCACCCCAUUUGCCCUUCGAGUUUUCACCUUCCCCGCCUUCCAAUUUUCCGUUCAAGUCCCGGAAAAAGGCCCGGUGAGUUUGUGGGAUUUUGUUAACUGUAGAGUGUACUUUUGUAGGUCCUUUCUAAUUAUCAUGUUUUGUAGAAAUUCAUGCUUUAAAGGAAAGAAAAGUUGCAUAAUAUUCAUAAACUCAGGCUCUUUUUUACUUGGCUCUCUUUGGAUGUUACUAAGUUUUGCUAUAGAAAGAAGGCAACCCAAGUAUGUUUUUUUGCUCUGUUGACAUUUAGGAAUUCCAUGAUUCAUAGUAAAAGUAAAUAAAUGGAAACAUUGCUUUUGCUUUUGAACGUUGAGGC